AUGUGGAGGCGAUUCUACGAUAAAGAGAAACUGCUCAAUCGCUUUCUAAUUGAAAUGGGCAGUUACCGGCGAGUAGAUUCCUUUGAAGAUAAUCAUUUUUCUGACUCUUCUCCUUCUUCUGAAAGCUCUCCUGAACGUUCACCUUCCCCAUCAUCUUCUCCUCCAGAUUCUCCUCCUUCGGGAGCAUCGUCCGCAGAAGAUGACGACGGAAUUUAUGUCAGAGAUGAAGACAGGAACAAGAAAGUAGUGUAUCAAGAGAAAAACUGUGAAGAUGAAACCGAUCAGGAAGAUGAAUCCGAAGCUGAACUGGAAGAUGAACCCAAUGAUGAUCAGGAAGAUAAAUCUGAUACGAUAUCGGAACCUGAAUCUCAAGAUGACUCGGAACCAGAUCACCAACAGGGAGAUAUUGGUACUUCUUGUGCAUGCCCUUGUGAGCCUCGGCCAAGCAGGAAUCGACACAGAGAACAUCAUCAGGAACAACACGUACCUGAUUCGUCUCAAAUUGGACCAACAGUAGAAGAUCAAACAACUGAACCACCCGUGGUUGCUGCACAACAUGUUACAAGGGGUCUGAGACGGAAACUCACAACGGAGGCGCCCAUUGCUGUGCCAACUACAAAGGCACCUCCUAAACUGAAACCGGCAACGAAGCCCAAGCCGACCAAUUCGAAACCUCCGAAGCCCACAAAAGCUCCGAAGGCCACUAAACCUCCGAAGACUACGAAGGCUCCGAAGGCAACUAAAGCUCCGAAGUCCCCAAAGUCCCCGAAGUCCCCAAAAACAAAAAAAACCAACAGGAAAGGUUAA